AUGAUGCUUGCCGUCUCAGCAGUCGCCGUGGUUCUCUCCUCGGUUCCGUUCGCUGCGGCGGGAUCGCUUCUUGGCGGCUGGUCCGCCGUGAAAGGCGCGGCAAAAAGUAAGGAAGGCACGGGCCUCAAGUUGGUCUCGGUCGAGAGUGCCAAGAGCCAGGUGGUCGCCGGCGUCAACUGGAGCAUCACUCUGAAAGCCGCCGCCGUUGCCCCUGUAGCUCGCCGCUUGAGACACCGCCGCGCCUCCCCACCCGCGACCAGCACCUACGUGGCGGAGGUUUUUCAGAGCCUGACGCCCGUGGUCGGAGAGCCAACGGUUGCAGCACAGCGGGCGGGCGCGGCGCAGCCUGUGGGCAAUGGGCAGGCGGCGGUGGGCAAUGGGCAGCCGGUGGUGAGAAAUGAACGGCCUGUGGCGGAUGUACAGCUGUCAGGUGUGAAGCCGGUGUUGGCAGAUUAUCUCGUGCUGGUCUCCUUUGCCAAGAAGAGUUGA